UAGUGAAAUUGUGGUGAAACCUACGAUUAAUGGCUCUGAUACACACAAGUAUGGAUUACAAAAACGAAGGCCACAGCGGGGUCAACCAGCUGGGUGGCAUCUUCGUGGGCGGUCGUCCGCUGCCCGACUCAACCCGGCAGCGGAUCGUAGAACUUGCACACGCCGGUGCCCGUCCCUGCGACAUUUCCCGCAUCCUGCAGGUAUCGAACGGUUGCGUCAGUAAAAUUCUCGGCCGGUACUACGAAACCGGCAGUAUCCGACCACGUGCCAUUGGGGGCUCAAAGCCACGCGUUGCCACCCCGGAGGUGGUUCACAAGAUCUCGCUGUUCAAGCAGAACUGCCCGAACAUCUUUGCCUGGGAGAUUCGCGACAAGCUGCUGAACGAACGGAUUUGCACACCGGAGAAUAUACCGAGCGUAUCAUCGAUCAACCGUGUGCUGCGAAACUUAGCCGCCCAGAAAGAGUUCAGCAAAAAGCCCCACGGCCAGGACUCAUCCGCCGAUGAAUCGAGCUACUUAUCGAGCAAGCAGCUUAGCGACAGUUCGCCCUUUCUGCACUACAAAUACGGAGAGAACGGUGAGUGUUGCAGCAUUGGAAACGAACGCCGAGAACGUCAACCUGUUCCGUUUUCAGCCGAUAUCAAACAGACCGGUGGACAGGAGCAGGAAAGCAAAAGUCCCUUCGGUAAGCACUGUUUCACGAAUCUGGACUCGCCUGUCAGCCUCAGUACAGGCACGGGAGGCCUGAAACCUUCGACGUCGGCCGCGCAAACCGUCAGCUUCGAUUCGGAUUCGGAACGGCUCAGCUUGAAGCGCAAAUUGCAACGCAACCGGACUUCCUUUACCGUCGAUCAGAUCGAGUACCUGGAGAAGGAGUUCGAACGGACCCACUAUCCGGAUGUGUUCUCCCGGGAACGAUUGUCUUCCAAAACCAAUCUACCUGAGGCGCGGAUUCAGGUUUGGUUUUCCAACCGUCGCGCCAAAUGGCGCCGAGAGGAAAAGCAACGCUCGCAGGCUGCAUCCGAGGGGGCGAACGUUGCCGUUUCCGUGUCGGCCGCUGCCCCACCACCGCCGUCAGCCAUUUCUUCUUGUAUGAACCUAACGUCACCGCUGGUUUCCCACGUCUACGAUUCGAACAUGUGCGUCGAAGAUUCCAACAGCAACUAUCUCAGUAAAACCUAUCCGUUGGAACCAGCUGCCUUCCAGAAUUUAGAUCCCCUAAAGUCUCCCCCAUCGCAUCACUCGCAAAAUCAUUCGCCCAUGUCGUUCAAGCUCUUUCCGACCAAUUCCGUGGGUGGAACCAGCAAUCAGGGAAGCUCCGCUGGCGGAGGCGGCGGUGGUGGUGGCUCCGGUGGAGCUGGCAGCUCGGGAGGUGGUCCCGGUACAUCGGGAGGAGUUCUGCACGAACCGAACAUGAUGGAUGCGGUCGCACUGUCCAACAACGGUGGCUUCUCACACGUACCUACCUCGGACGAUAAGUCCCUGUACAACCAUUUUGCCUAUUCGGCUUCAUCCGUUGCGGCAGCGGCCGCAGCCAACAUGCAUCACUCGGCUGCGUACUCGGCGGCAGCGGCGGCCGCAGCCGAUCACCAUCAUCACCACCACCAUCAUCAUCAGUCGUACAACGGAAUGUACCUGAAGAACCAGCUGUACAACAUUCCGUCGACUGGUGUCCUGAGCUUUCAGUCCACACUGGACUGGAACAAGAGUUAAUGGUAGAUUCCGCGAGGUUCAGCUUCAGAGGACCUCCCCCAUUUCCUCCCGCAGGAACGUUGAUUGAUGCUACUGAUUUUACUACCACUGCUGCUGCACUAAAAACGAAGAAGAUGAUGAUGAUGACGAUGUUGAUAUUGAAAGCCAUAAACAAAUGCCAGUAUUUGUGGGUGCGCACUCCAAAUGUUCUCUCUAUCAUUAUUACUAGGUACUAUUUGAAGGGUGAAAAUACUUAAAUGUUGAUUGCAUUGAUAAAACAGACACACACAAGUAGAGUUUUAAGAGAACAGAAUCGUGAUCAGUUUUUUUAACUAUUAAAUAAACUAAAAGUGAUGGUUGUCCGUACUUAUACUAUAUCGAAACAAAACACACAAAAGUAUUGUUUUCUAAUUUGCAUCUGAUUAUAUCUGAUGAAUGCUGUGAAAUACAAAAAUUAAAAUAAAAUGCAAAAACGGAAAACACGUGUUAGGAAAAUUGCAUAUUUUUAAGGUGGAUCGUAAAGUAUUUGCAAAACCUUACCUUAGAACAAUAUUGCUGCUAGGUCAGUGAACUUGAAACGGAAAUGUACAAUAAAAAAAACAAUGGCACAUUUAUUACUAUUAUUAUUAUUAUUAUUACCAUUAUUAUACUAUUGACUGGAACAUAGAAUUCAUUUUAAACAAGCGAAA